CUGAAGGGGUCUCCCACUUGUAAAUGACCCGGGGGAAAAAAAAAAAUUCGUGACGACUUCACUGGGCCUCCUCAUAUCCUUUCAUUUUUUCUUUCCACCUGUCCUCUUUGUGGAAUGGAGCGUCAUUCCUUAGAGCACAAAAUCUGUUGUGCACCUAGUAAUGACUAUGCUGUGAUAGGGAUUCUUAAACAGUUUUACGCGUGAGGCUUGAAAUAUUAACAGAUGAUGAUUUGUUCGUUUGGAUUACUGCGGAACUGCAGCUCCGUCCCUGCAAGGAUUUUAUCCUCAGCACCGCACUGAUUAAGCUAUUUUUCUACAAAGAUGGCAGUGUGCAGGGUAGAAGGGAACAGGACCCAUAUGUCAGUGGUCUAGGAUGGCCAGUGAAGGCUCCAACAUCCCAAGUCCUGUGGUCCGUCAGAUUGACAAGCAGUUUCUGAUUUGCAGCAUAUGCCUGGACCGUUACAAGAACCCCAAAGUACUUCCCUGCCUGCACACUUUCUGUGAGAGGUGCUUGCAGAAUUACAUUCCAGCCCAUAGCUUAACCCUUUCUUGCCCCGUGUGCCGCCAGACCUCCAUUCUGCCAGAGAAAGGGGUUUCUGCACUCCAGAACAACUUCUUUAUCACCAACCUGAUGGAUGUCCUGCAACGAACACCAGACAACAGCAUUGAAGAGUCCUCCAUCUUGGAGACUGUCACCGCUGUUGCUGCGGGCAAACCGCUCUCCUGCCCCAAUCAUGAUGGAAAUGUGAUGGAGUUUUACUGCCAGUCCUGCGAGACAGCCAUGUGCAGGGAGUGUACAGAGGGAGAACACGCAGAGCAUCCCACAGUACCACUCAAGGAUGUGGUGGAGCAACACAAGGCUUCCCUCCAAGUCCAGUUGGACGCUGUCAACAAAAGGCUUCCAGAGAUCGACUCAGCACUUCAUUUUAUAUCGGAAAUCAUACACCAGUUAACCAACCAAAAGGCUAGCAUUGUAGAUGACAUUCAUUCCACUUUUGAUGAACUCCAGAAGACUUUAAAUGUGCGAAAGAGUGUGCUGCUAAUGGAACUGGAAGUGAAUUAUGGCCUUAAACACAAAGUCCUCCAGACACAGCUGGAUACCUUACUUGAAGGACAAGAAAGCAUUAAAAGUUGCAGCAACUUUACAGCCCAAGCCCUUAACCACGGCACCGAAACUGAAGUUCUGCUGGUGAAGAAGCAAAUGAGUGACAAGCUGAAUGAACUGGCCGAGCGGGACUUCCCACUGCAGCCCCGUGAAAACGAUCAGUUGGACUUCAUAGUGGAAACGGAAGGCCUGAAGAAGUCCAUUCACAAUCUGGGUACUAUUUUAACCACCAAUGCUGUUGCCUCUGAAACAGUUGCCACAGGUGAGGGACUGAGGCAGACAGUGAUCGGGCAGCCCAUGUCUGUUACCAUCACAACUAAGGACAAAGAUGGGGAGCUCUGUAAAUCUGGGAACGCUUACCUCACUGCUGAACUGAGCACACCUGAUGGGAGUGUAGCGGAUGGAGAAAUACUUGACAAUAAAAAUGGCACUUACGAAUUUUUGUAUACUGUUCAGAAAGAAGGGGACUUCACUUUGUCACUGAGACUUUAUGAUCAACAUAUCAAGGGCAGCCCAUUCAAACUUAAAGUGGUCAGAUCAGCAGAUGUGUCUCCUACCACUGAAGGGGUUAAGAGGCGUGUUAAAUCUCCUGGCAGUGGUCAUGUGAAGCAGAAAGCUGUGAAGAGACCUGCGAGCAUGUACAGCACUGGCAAAAGAAAAGAGAAUCCCAUUGAAGAUGAUUUGAUUUUCAGAGUCG